AAUCUCUUUCGCAAACAACUAGACUGCAACCAUUUUAAGCAUAAUUGGAGUAUAAUAAUAACAUGGGCAGUUUUGCUUCCUACGGAUCAUGCAUAUAAAUCUUUGAAGGGUGUAUUUGUUCCCCCGACCCUGUCUCCCUCUCCCUCCCCCUGUGCCCUCUCUCCACCUCCCUCCGCCUGUGCCCUCUCUCUGUUGACGGUGUUGCUUUACCUGUUCUGCAUUAGUACUGGCCUUCCCAGCCGCCACCCUGCAGGUCCUGGGUUAGUGACCGUGCUUGCAAGCGGCCGUCCAGCUGUCAGCUCGGCAUUCUGAACCCAGGUUCGCUUUGAAAUCCCCGGGGCAGCCCAGCGCAAGCGGCUCACCCACACCGCGCUUGCAAAUGGCAGGAAAGGCACACAGACUGAAUCCUGAGCAACGUGAACAGCUCCUCCCCAAUCUCAGAGCUGUGGGUUGGGCUGAAGUAGAGGGCAGAGAUGCAAUUUAUAAGGAGUUUGUCUUUAAAAACUUUAACCAGGCUUUUGGUUUCAUGACAAGAGUGGCGUUACAAGCAGAGAAAAUGGAUCAUCACCCAGAGUGGUUUAACGUGUAUAAUAAGGUCCACAUAACUUUAAGCACGCAUGAAUGUGGUGGGCUCUCUGAGCGAGACAUUAAACUGGCUACCUUCACGGAAGAAGCCACAGUUGCUCAAUGACAUUCAAGGACGGCACCAGUUGAUGGUACCAAAUCAACCAGUGCACCAGAUGGGAUUUAGCUCAAUACAAUUUGAGUUUCAUCAACACAUUUCAAGAGUAUGGUGGCUUUUGUUUUUGAAAAUUAUCACCUAUUAAUGUAGUCAAAGUGUAUACAAUUAUGACUAAACAGAGAGCUGCUUUACAUGUGGCAGUAUUAAUGUACUACAUGAGGAAAUGUGCCUUGUAUCAAUAAAAUCAUUGGUUU